AGCUUCUCCAUUCUGUCAGCUCUCCCGGAACAUCCAAGGCAAGACUGGCACCCAGGGCGCAGCAGUGACUGACCACAUACCCUCCCAUCUAACCCUUCCCUAGGAAUCAUGGAGUCCUUCAGUUCAAAGAGUCUGGCGCUGCAAGCAGAGAAGAAGCUACUGAGUAAGAUGGCAGGUCGAUCUGUGGCUCAUCUCUUCGUCGAUGAGACGAGCAGCGAGGUGCUAGACGAGCUCUACCGUGUGUCCAAAGAAUACACACACAGCAGGCCCCAGGCCCAGCGCGUUAUCAAGGACCUGAUCAAGGUGGCUGUCAAGGUGGCCGUGCUGCACCGCAGUGGCUGCUUCAGCCCCAGAGAGCUGGCCUUGGCUACCCGCUUUCGCCAGAAGCUGCGGCAGGGCGCCAUGACAGCACUCAGCUUCGGCGAGGUGGACUUCACCUUUGAGGCUGCUGUGUUGGCCGGCCUGCUGACCGAGUGCCGGGAUGUGCUGCUGGAGCUGGUGGAGCACCACCUCACACCCAAGUCACAUGGCCGCAUCCGCCAUGUGUUUGAUCACUUCUCUGACCCAGGCCUGCUCACGGCCCUCUAUGGGCCUGACUACACUCAGCACCUUGGCAAGAUCUGUGAUGGGCUCAGGAAGCUGCUGGAUGAGGGGAAGCUCUGAGAGCCCUGACCCCGGCACGUUCCUUCUUGGCAAAAUGGCUGACUGAGAAAAAAAACAGAUAAUGGGCUUUCUAACCCUGCUCAUCUGCACUAAUGCUUUUCAACCCUCAGGUUUCAGUCUUUCCCAAGAGUGCCUGUGACUCUGAGACCACCCCAUGCCCCACUGCUGGUGGAGAAAAAGCAAUGCAGAGGGUUGAGGCCUCUCUCCUACUCCAGCCCCAAGACAGGAAACAAAGCUGCCUGAAAAAGAUGAAGCGAAACUUGGAUCUCUAUUUUCCCCACAAGGGACCUUUCAAACAGGGAAGCCCCCUCCCCUCAGAACCAGGGGAAGAGGGCGUAGCCCAUCUCAUUCCUCUGGGGACACUAAAGACAGGCAGCGCAGGGAGCCUUUAGAGACAUCCUAGACCUUCAGUUCUAGGCGGGGUCUGGACAGAUACCAGAGACUCUGCUCCAGAGGGCAGGAAGAAGGGGCUAGGGCAGGGGAAAGUCUCACAGAGGAAAUAAAACUAUUAAAACAUG